GCACUGAUCAGUGUUAAUCUGGUCAAAUUCAUGAGCAAAUGAAACAGAUUAAGUUUGGUAGUUUCAUUGAGUCCAACUUGAGUAGAAAUUGAAAUAUUUGCCUAUACGCUCUUACUUGUUUUGUUCUCAUGUAAAUGUUUUUGUUUAAUUUUUGAAACAUUAAACCAAGUAUUUAUAGGUCACACAUAAUUUUCACGGCUGUGUCUUUAUUUUUCUGAUUCAAGCCUGAUGUUAUUGAGUGUUUAUGAUUCAAGCCUGAUGUUAUUGAGUGUUUAUGAUUCAAGCCUGAUGUUAUUGAGUGUUUAUGAUUCAAGCCUGAUGUUAUUGAGUGUUUAUGAUCAGUACAAUGUCCUUGCCAGUUAAUUGAAUCAGGUAUUGAUGAGCCACUCUUUUUUUCCCUAUUUUCGCUGGAAGACAAUUUAGGAAAUUAAUUUGAAUUCUCUGGUCGUCUUAUCAUCUUUUGUACAGGGUAGCGAUCUGAUAUUGAUAAGCUAUAUGUCAGGCAGAUAUUAAACUUCUAGAAUAAUUUUGACUUGAAGACCACAGUUUAGAGAUGUGAUUACUCACAUUAAUUUAGGAUUCUGAUGGACUGCAGGUAAACACAAUGGUUACCAUGGUUACAGGGUGUGACGUUCUGAUCAGGUAUUAAUGUAUUAGAUUUUUGUGUGUGUAGUAUUGCUGAACAAUAGCAAUUGUAAAUAAACCUAAUUUAGCGAUGACUAAUCCUGUUGACUUCCCUACAAACUCAGUAUUUCUACCACCACAGGUGGGUGUUAUUCAACUCCCAAGUCAUAAAACACAAGAGUAAACUAUAUACAAUGUAUAUUGUCAAUAAUAAUGAAGAAAAUUUGUUUGCUCAAUAAAACAUUCUUAUGUCGGCAUGUAAUUUAUGUAUACACUAACAGCGUUUGUGAACACGGAUGUAUACAACUACUUUAGGAUGCUGUGUGACCAUUUUUAAUUUUUUUUUUUUAACCAUAUAGACAAAUACUAGGAAAACUUAUUGAACAAAAUCGUCAUUGUAGAUAUUGAUUGACUGGAGUGUUGUCGUUAUAAAAUUGAUUGAACGGAGUGCUGUCGGUAUUUAGAUGGUCGUUUGUAGACUGGAGGGUUUGUGUCAAACUGUUUGAUUAUUCGUUUUCCUCACAUCAUAAUGACAUCUCUGUGUGAUUUCAUUGUAUAGAUAAUACAUUUUAAUGAAUGCUGUUAUAGUCAUGAGAAUGAGAUUUAUGGAGUCACAUGUUUGUGAAUCAUUUGUGUAGAAGAAUAAUUUAUUAUGUGUGUUAAGGUAUAAUGAUGAAUACAACUUUAAGUGUUAUAUGGUACACUAUGUGUUAUAUGGUAUUAAGAUUAUACUGGGUAGGAUGACACGUCUUUCAUGCUGUUGGAGAAGAUAGCAUUUCUAUUGUUCCAAUAAUUGACAUUUGUAAGUGUACAGUUUUAUAUGUUUGUUUCUGUUUUUGUGAUGAUUUCCCCUGUAAAUGUUAGGAAGGGGUGGAUAUAGUGGAAUUGGGUUGCCUGUUUAACUGUUGAUGGAAGUUUGUCAAUAAUAAUACUCUAUACUCAACCAACUAUUUGGAAACUUAGUACAGGAGGUACCAAGGUAAUUUCUAGUACAGGAGGUACCAAGGUAAUUUCUAGUACAGGAGUACCAAGGUAAUUUCUAGUACAGGAGGUACCAAGGUAAUUUCUAGUACAGGAGUACCAAGGUAAUUUCUAGUACAGGAGUACCAAGGUAAUUUCUAGUACAGGAGGUACCAAGGUAAUUUCUAGUACAGGAGUACCAAGGUAAUUUCUAGUACAGGAGGUACCAAGGUAAUUUCUAGUACAGGAGUACCAAGGUAAUUUCUAGUACAGGAGGUACCAAGGUAAUUUCUAGUACAUGAGGUACCAAGGUAAUUUCUAGUACAGUAGGUACCAAGGUAAUUUCUAGUACAGGAGGUACCAAGGUAAUUUCUAGUACAGGAGGUACCAAGGUAAUUUCUAGUACAGGAGGUACCAAGGUAAUUUUAGCCUUGUGAUUUUUAUUUCAUUUCCAGCAAAUUUUGAUAUAAAGGAUCCUGUAUUAGUUUCCAUUUGUUUUCAGAUUGAUGAAAUAAGUCUGGGAAGUUUUCAUUUCACGUAACUUGAUCUGGUGAGUUUCCUCAAAUCAAAUCAAAUGGAAACUUAUGGAAAACUAAACUAAGUUUAGAAAAACAGCAUUAAUCACAUUGAAAGUGAAAAUGGUGAUUUUUCACUCACCGUCACAUAGUAUCAAAGGUGGUAUUAAUGUUUACUUACAGUUCUAGUUAAAGUGAAAUAUCCUGUAUGUAAACUGGUGCUAAUCACGUAGCUCCACACUAUAUUUCAAUGUUAAUUUUUGCUAAGAGUGGCUUCAUCUUGUUAGGGAAGCUAUAUAGUUCUCAGAGUGAAGGGAAGGACACCGGAUAUGUUUAGGAUUUUAUAACCAAGGAUAUUAAACAAUUCGAGAAUAAGAGUCAAUAUUUCUGGCUAUGUAGCUAUGGCUGACUGGUGAUACGAAUAUGACACCAGUAAGCCAUAUUGGCAUCAAGAUUUCAUUGACUACUUGAUAGGUUUCUGUAAGUAAAUGUUUUAUUGGCAUUUAGACUAUACUUGAAUUCUCGAUCCCGAGUGAUACAGAUGGAGGGGUUAAGGAUCUGUAAAUUCUCGAUCCCCAGGUAUAAAGACUCCAUCCCCAGUGAUACAGAUGGAGGGGUUAAGGGAUCUGUGAAUUCUCGAUCCCCAGUGAUACAGAUGGAGGGGUUAAGGAUCUGUGAAUUCUCGAUCCCCAGGUAUAAAGACUCGAUCCCCAGUGAUACAGAUGGAGGGGUUAAGGAUCUGUGAAUUCUCGAUCCCCAGUGAUACAGAUGGAGGGGUUAAGGAUCUGUGAAUUCUCGAUCCCCAGUGAUACAGAUGGAGGGGUUGGGGAUCUGUGAAUUCUCGAUCCCGAGUGAUAAAGAUGGAGGGGUUAAGGAUCUGUGAAUUCUCGAUCCCCAGGGAUAAAGACUCGAUCCCCAGUGAUACAGAUGGAGGGGUUAAGGAUCUGUGAAUUCUCGAUCCCCAGGGAUAAAGACUCCAUCCCGAGUGAUAAAGAUGAAGGGGUUAAGGAUCUGUGAAUUCUCGAUCCCCAGGGAUAAAGACUCGAUCCCCAGUGAUACAGAUGGAGGGGUUAAGGAUCUGUGAAUUCUCGAUCCCCAGUGAUACAGAUGGAAGGGUUGGGAUCUGUGAAUUCUCGAUCCCCAGUGAUACAGAUGGAAGGGUUGGGAUCUGUGAAUUCUCGAUCCCCAGGGAUACAGAUGGAGGGGUUGGGGACAUCAUGGUUGUUGAAUAUUUUUCUGAAGAAGUUAAAGAUGGUCUGGUUUACACUUGUGUAUGGUCCUGUUAUCUACACAGUGACAACUCUUAAUAUCGGAAGGAUCAUUCAAGUACCCAUGCACACAUUUAUCAGCAACUUACUGGUUCCCAUCAGGUAUUGUCAACUUUCUGGUUCCCAUCAGGUAUUGUCAACUUUCUGGUUCCCAUCAGGCAUUGUCAACUUUCUGGUUCCCAUCAGGUAUUGUCAACUUUCUGGUUCCCAUCAGGCAUUGUCAAAUUACUGGUUCCCAUCAGGCAUUGUCUACUUUCUGGUUCCUAUCGGGCAUUGUCUCCUUUCUGGUUCCUAUCGGGCAUUGUCUACUUUCUGGUUCCUAUCGGGCAUUGUCUACUUUCUGGUUCCUAUCGGGCAUUGUCUACUUUCUGGUUCCUAUCGGGCAUUGUCUACUUUCUGGUUCCCAUCAGGCAUUGUCAACUUUCUGGUUCCCAUCAGGCAUUGUCAACUUUCUGGUUCCCAUCGGGCAUUGUCAACUUUCUGGUUCCCAUCGGGCAUUGUCAACUUUCUGGUUCCUAUCGGGCAUUGUCUACUUUCUGGUUCCUAUCGGGCAUUGUCAACUUUCUGGUUCCUAUCGGGCAUUGUCAACUUUCUGGUUCCCAUCAGGCAUUGUCAACUUUCUGGUUCCCAUCAGGCAUUUUCAACUUACUACUUCCCAUCCGGCAUUGUCAACUUACUACUUCCCAUCCGGCAUUUUCAACUAUUACCAGGUAUAUUUGUUAACAUAAUUUUUCUGAUGAGAAUUGCAUGUAUUUGGUGCAAAUACAAUGUUAUGUGAUAUUUGUGCUGUAAAUUUCAAAGUAUCAAGUUUGUGAUCAUUUAGCAUAAUCUGUGUUGUUUUUCCAGCAAGGAAACAAAGUGGAUCAAACUCAUUUUCACUUAUAGUGAAACCUGCUUAUUAAUGAAUGAUGUAUUACUGAUUUUUAUAACUGUCGCAUUUUGUAUUACCUGGUAUUGUCUCGCAAACAUUAGACGUUACUAAGGGACUGAUUUUUAUAACUGUCGCAUUUCGUAUUACCUGGUAUUGUCUCGCAAACAUUAGACGUUACUAAGGGACUGAUUUUUAUAACUGUCGCAUUUCGUAUUACCUGGUAUUGUCUCACAAACAUUAGAUGUUACUAAGGGACUGAUUUUUAUAACUCUGUCGUAUAACCUGGUAUUGUCUCACGAACAUUAGACGUUACUAAGGGACUGAUUUUUAUAACUCUGUCGUAUAACCUGGUAUUGUCUCACGAACAUUAGACGUUACUAAGGGACUGAUUUUUAUAACUCUGUCGCAUUUUGUAUAACCUGGUAUUGUCUCACGAACAUUAGACGUUACUCAUUGAUAGGUGCCUUGUCCUCUAAGUCUGUGUGUUGAUGUUGCUGUUACUUAUAAUUAUUUGUUUACAUUGUUUUUCCGCUUUUUUUUGCUUUUUUUCUUCAAAACAUUUACUUAACCGACAGCUACAGUUCAGAUGGAUGUACCUUUCCAUUGAUAUAUUGCAAUAAUAUGACUGCAAUGAAAGCAUUCACGUUUUGGCAGAUUUUUCACUUCAUGAACAAAAUAUUUGUGUUCAAGACCAAAUGAUGCUUAUAUUUUUUCUGUAUGUUUAUUUUGUUUGGCUUUACUUUUUCUAAUGCACUAUUGUUUUAUUAUACUCAUACAUGUAUUUAUUUCUUCAUUAACUUAAGUUCAAACAAUGAUCAGGAGAAUUCGCUGUCAACAUAUAGUCACAAUUUGAUGUAUAUAAUUGUAACCAUAUACAUUUUACAUAGUCCAUUAUUCAACAUAGAAUAUCAUGCCAAUUAAACAUACAUCUUCAUUAUUCAUCAUAGGUAACCAUUUACAUUAUCACCAUCCAAUGUGUUGAUCAUCUACUCUGUGUUAACAAGUUGCCUUUCUAAUAAAAACACAUUUUGGUCAAG